AUGGUCCAUUUCUUAAGUAAUCUCCUGCUGGUGUAUCCAAACACCCCUGAGGACCCAGCGGAGUUCGGCCUGGACGUGGCGCGGACGGGCGUCGUGGACGUGGAGCCGCACAAGUCCCUCUUGUCCGGCAAGGCCGCCGUCCGCCGCGCCACCGAGGCCGUGGGCAUCCCAUACACCUACGCCGUCGCCGGGUACUUGGCAGCCCUCGCGCUCCCCUCCAUCGGGAUCGGGCAGGGAGAGGACAAGGCCGUCAUCCUCGGCGACGGCGACACCAGAGUGCCGUUCGUGGACGAGGGGGACAUCGCGACGAACACGGUGCUGGCCGCCGGCAACCCGCGCGCCGAGAACAAGACGCUGCACAUCAGGCCGCCGGCCAACACGCUGUCGCGCGACGAGCUUCUGUCGCUGUGGGAGAAGAAGACCGGCAAGGCGUUGCAGCGGGAGUACAUCCCCGUGGACGCCGUGCUCAAGCAGACCCAAGAAGCUGAAGAGGCGGCGAUGCCGCUGAACAUGAUCUUGGCGAUCGGGCACGCGGCGUACGUGAAGGGGGAGGAGGAGGCCGGCUUCGAGAUCGACCCGGCCAAGGGGGUGGACGCAAGCGAGCUGUACCCGGACGUUAAGUACACCACCGUCGACGAGUACCUCAACAGGUUCCUCUGAAGGACGAGACGAGAACAAUAUGCACCUUGUAAUUUUCAUCAUUUUUGGUAAUUUAAAUUGUCAAGGAUUGGUGAUCUAAGUCGACAAGGAAUGAUGUGUCAAUAUAAGAUCACGAUCAAUAGUAAGAUGCGUCAAGAACCGGAAUAGCACGCGGGCGAUUUAUACAGG